AUGUCAAACAGCGUCUUUGCUCCCCGGCACGUAUACUUCCCUGAAGGUAAACACCAAACUACCGUUAUUUUCCUACACGACAGGGACAGCACUGGACCCGAGCUUGCAGACUAUUUUGCAAAGUCUACAACGACAUCAGGAAAGAACUUGUACCAGCAUUUCCCAAACACUCGUUGGGUCUUCCCAUCCGCUCGAGCGAAGCAUUUCUACUGGACGGAGGCGGACCGGCGGCAAUUGUAUCGAAACAAUAAAGAUAAUACCACCGAAUGGUUUCAGAUGGCCUCUCUCGAAAACGUACAGCUGGAAUCACCUCAGCAGCUUAUGACGGUCCAAGAGAGUGCUUCAUACAUAUUACGAAUUAUUGACGAUGAACUUAAACGUGUUGAUAAUAAUCCCCAGAAAGUCUUCAUAGCGGGAAUUGGGCAGGGAGCAGCUCUGGGGACUGUCGUUUUGUUAUGUGUUCAUCAUCAGCUUGGUGGUUUUGUAGGGAUAAAUGGCUGGAUGCCUUUUGCCGAGACUCUGACAGGCUUACUAGAGCGCAACCAAGUUGACGAGGCGGCGGGAUUCUUUAAAUCAACAUUUAUUGCCGCUGCGCAGCAAGCGUACAUCCAGCAGCAGAGACAGCAGCAGGUACGGAGUAUGGUGCAUGCUGGUCAAGAGAAAGCAAGCGGUCCUAAUAACACCGCUAUCCCUUCUCUCGGGACACCAGAGGCUCAGUUGGAAGAGACAGUCUGCAUCUUCAAGGAUGCGGGUCUUGCAAAUUAG